GCUCAGUGCGCGCGCCCCCCGAAGCUGGGGCCAUUAUCUCAGUUACGGGUGGCCUCCUCGUGCAACGCUGCGGCGCAAUAUUUUUCGUUGCAUUUUUCCGUCUAUUUCAUGCGCAGCUUGAACCAAAACAUCUUUAACCUGCUUCUGUUCAAAAGAACAGGCCCAAUAUUCCUUCUCUUUUUCUCAAACCUAUUUCUCCACAUUUAAAUGGUCAUUGUUGCUAAUGUUUGACCCAGCCGCUAACCAUUUCGUUUCCUCGGACGGGAGCAUGACCCAGCCCACACAGCCCACCCAAGCGACACCGCCCACCCAAGCGACACCGCCCACCCAAGCGACACCGCCCACCCAACCAACCCAGCAGACACAACCAACACAACCAACACAACAGACUCAGCAGACUCAGCAGACUCAGCAGCCGCCACGCAACCCCAAUAGAGACAAUCCCAGCUUGUUUGCCACGCUUUCCCCUCACCACCCGCACCUCGAGCCUCUGGUAAUGGAGAUCGAGAGCCUGCUCAAUGGGGGGUACACGGUCGGCCGCGGAGAGGGUUGUAGCAUUGUGAUAAACCGCAACUUUAUCAGCUCGCUGCACUGCCAUCUGUAUGCCGAGAAAGAGUCUGAGUCGGGCAAGUAUGUUCUGUUCCUCGCGGACAUGAGCACCAACGGGACAUUUGUCAACACCAGUUUGCUUGGCUACAAAAACCGCACCGUGCUGUUCCACAGGGAUUGCUUGGGCUUUGCCAAUCCCGACACUGCGCUGUCAUCGGAUGUUGCUCUGGAGUACAGCGUCGAGAUUGCAGGGGGCGCCGGGCAUGCUCAGGCGGGCCAACCAAAAUUUGACGCCGAGCUUCUGCGGUCGUACGACUUUAAGCACGAGAUCGGCGCCGGAAACUUUGCCAAGGUGUGGCUGGCCAUCCACAAGCAGACCGGCGUUGCCUGCGCCUGCAAAGUCAUUGAAACUAAGAAACACCUCAUCACCAAUGGCCUGACAAAGGCCUUCAAGCGCGAGGUUGCCAUUAUGAAACAGCUCAAGCACCCGAACAUUGUGCCGCUGCGUGAGCUGCAUAUUGACAGCGACCGGAUAUAUAUUGUUAUGGAGUACCUCGAGGAUGGUGACCUCUUUGCCUACAUAUCUAGACAUGGCACACUUACUGAAGCCGCCUGCCGGCCUAUAUUCAAGCAGAUAUGCGGCGCUGUGCGCUACCUCCACGCUAACAACAUCACACACCGUGAUAUCAAGCUUGACAAUAUCCUCAUUAAAAAAUCGCCUAGCGGUGAGGUUAGCUGGGUCAAAAUUGCCGACUUUGGGCUCGCUAGGGCCGUAGGUGAUGGGGGUCUGAUGCACACGAUCUGCGGCACGCCAAGCUACCUGGCUCCCGAGAUUAUCUGCAGAAAAUCUUCGUCGACUCCGUACAGCAAGGGCGUGGACAUUUGGGCUCUUGGCGUUGUGCUCUAUGCCUUGCAUACCGGCGAAUUCCCUUUCAGGGACCAGCAGCUACAUCACGGCAAUCAUGCCAAUAUGGUCAUUGGUGACUACGCCAGUUCAAACUGGCUGAACAAUUCAAACCAAGCAUACGCCUGUCUUUCAGAGCCGCUUCGAGAUUUGAUACCCAGAAUGCUUCAGGUCAAUCCGGAUCAGAGAAUAAACAUCAACGCAACCAUUGUCCACCCAUGGACGCAGACGGACGAUAAUGGAACACCGGGUCUGCUCUACGAACCAACCUAUGUGUGGGGAUCUUUGACGUACGCUGCGUCACGCCAUGACAACCAACACUGUAGUGGCAUCUGGGCCGGACAUUUGGAGGUUGAUCUGUUUCGGGACUGUACGGUUAUUGGGCGCAGCCGCAAUUGUCACAUUCAAAUUACAGAUUCGCGGAUAUCGUCCAAGCACUGCGAGAUACUGUUUAAAAACGGCGUUGUCCACGUCCGAAACACCGGUCGCAACAUCUUUUGGGCCAACGGGCGCCCAGUAGUAAACAGCAACACCAUGGAACUGAGCAGGCCGUUUGAGCUUCUGCUUUGUGCACCGGACUCGGAUAUACAUGCUGACAGCAAAAAUAGACAGCAGCAGUGUCAAGGAGACAGGGAAACACCGGCAUAUACCCUUUGCAUUAAAAUUCUUGACAAGCCCUGGAAGCAGAUAUGGAUUAGCAGCCAGGACGCGUCUCAAAUUGUUGGUACCAAAACAGCAGCUGCCAAGGACAGCCCCCAUAGCAGCACAUCAAAACUUGACAUCACGUUAGCUGCAUCCCAACUUUUGCUUCGGCCGCCGCUUAUACUGCCUGUCCAGGCUGUGCACUUGUCGUAUAUGCCGUUCCGUGGUGCACAGAAUGUACAUGCACUUGGAAAUUCACUUUUAUAUGAUCCCACAUUUGAAGAGGUUUCUGCAGCCUUGGCCAGGCCCAAAUCGAGAACAGAAUUCACAUCUAUGCGACCAUGGAUGGUUCUCGGAGUGCUAAAUGGCACAUCGCCACUUAUUCACAUAUACGACAGUGCUGUCACAUUUGGUCGGGGUUCUGAUUGCACAAUACAAUUAAGCGACGCGCAUAUUAGCCAAAAGCACUGCGUUUUUGAACUUUCAGGAAAACAAGCACGGCUUGUGAACAAAAGCGUCAGUGGCACAUUCGUUAACUGCGAGCGGCUUGAGGACACCGUAAUACUUAAAGAAGGAGAUGAGGUCGUGCUGCUAUUCGACAACAUUCACACGUUUGUUAACGACAAGAUCUGGCUGGGUCAGCAGCGGAUUUUGGACAGCCAUGGUUAUCCGGGUAAGCUACGCACAUCUAAAACAAGAGUGAAAUCCACGAGGUUCUAUUUGGCUGUGCAGUGCUAAUUAUUGUGCAAUUAUGUUAUGAUAUUGUGUAGUGCUCAUCGGGUAUCGGGUGGUGACGCUUGACUGCUGCGUGGCACUCGAGUGACAGUGGCAGCUCAAACCGGAUUUGGCCGCCAAAGAGUU